CCAACUCUUUAUUUCACACGUCAUUUACGUUUAACCUUCUUUUUUACUUCUACAGCGACAGUUUCAAAUUUUUCUUUUUGUUCUCAAAGAUUCAGAUUUUUGUUCUUCACUUACAAAAAAGAGAAGCAGAUCGUAUAUUUCUUAAAAGAGAAAAUAUGAAUUUUCAGUUCGCCGAUGAAGAAAACGCUCAUAUUGAUUCAUCGGUAAAUUCUCAAUUCCCAACUCAAUUUUCAGUUUCUGAUGGCAUAUCUGUUCCUAUGGAAUCCAAUUCCAAAAAAUCUCGUGGUGGCAAUUUUAUGAUAGAUGAAGAUCUUCUCAUCGUAUCAUCAUGGCUGAAUAUUAGUUUAGAUGCUGUGCACGGUAAUGAACAGAAACACAAAACAUAUUGGGCACGAUUAUGGGAAUAUUUUCAUAAAUAUAAAAAUUUUCCAUCAGAACGAACACAAGGUUCUUUGAUGAAUCGGUGGUCAACAAUUCAAUUAGCUACUAAUAAAUUUUGUGGUUGUUAUGCUCAAAUUGAAUCAAGACAUCAAAGUGGUGUAAAUGAGCAAGACAAGAUCGCUAAUGCAAAACUUCUGUACCAUGAAAUGAACAAAGUUAAAUUUCCGUUUGAGCAUUGUUGGAAUAUAUUAAGGCUUCAACCAAAAUGGAUGGAAGAUUGUCAAAAGAAAAAACCAACAAAAAAAAGGAUCCAAGUCCUGUCAUUAAUCUUAGUCCCAGUUCAGAAACUCAAGUGAAUUUCGGAGAUGAAAAUGUUAUAAGUUCUAACUUUGUUGACCUAGAGAGACCACCGGGGAGGAAAGCUGAAAAAGAUAAAAAGAAAAGGAAGAGCAAAGAUAUGGAAAUCGACUCCACAAGUUCAUAUGUGGACUUAAUACAAGAAAUGAGGGAGGAAAAAAAGCAAUUCAAUGAAAAGAAAUUGGAAAUGUUCGAAAAAGCCUAUGCUCAAGGACAAGAGAGACUCUCUUACGAGCAAGAAAAGCUGAGAUUAGAACAAACCAAGGAAGAUGAAAGGAUAAUGGCUACAGAUACAACUGGGAUGCCUGAAAUGCUAGCAAAGUUUUAUACUCAAUGCCAAAAAGAAAUCGUUGAAAGAAGAUCAAAGUAGUAGUUGAGAGGUUAUGGUAAUUAUGUGUUUUGUUUGAUAUAGAUUGGAGGAAUUGUUAAAGAUUGUUUUUCUUAUUUUAAUUAGUGCACAAUUUGUUUGAA